AUGGGCGUGACAACAAGCAUGAAGACGGUUGAAGUGACACGUACAAAGAUCGGCGCCCAAGGUGCCCGAGUUCCCGGAACGAUGGAGAUGUUCUUUAGCAUCCUUCGCGAAAAGGGGAUCCGUGGUGUGAAUAGGGGUGUCAAUGCCGUUGCAUUGCGACAAGUUACCGGAUGGUCUUCCAGAAUUGGCAUCUCUCGCUUUGCCGAGGAGAGCAUCCGAUCUAUAACUGGGAAGGCCGAGAAUGAGAAGCUUAAAUUUGGAGAGAAAGUCUUGGCAUCAAUCAUUGGUGGUGCACUUAGUUGCUGGAACCAGCCUUUUGAAGUGAGUUUUCCUUUCAAAUGA